AUGGCGAUUGAAGAAAAACAUGGCUCUCCAGGUCGUGCCUUGGCAGAGGUACCAAAUGGAGAAGUUUUAAUUCCACAUGAAAAAGAAGCAAUGUAUAAUCAAGAGAUGGCAAAAUACGAUAAACAACAACAACUAGAAGAAUAUACAUCCACUCCAACCAUCUCUGAAAUUUCAAUCACUGAAACCAUAUCGGAAUCUGAUGAAGCAGAAUUUGAAGAAACCGAUUUUACUCUCCCACCUCAAAUGAAAUUUAUUAUGGGUAAUGAACUUUGUGAAAGAUUUUCAUAUUAUGGUUUAAAAACUAUUUUACAAAAGUUUUUAAUUGAUUUUAUGGGUUAUAAUCGUACAACUGCCACAAAUAUUAAUCAUGCAUUUAAUUUUACUGCUUAUGCUUUUCCAGUAUUGGGAGCAUGGUUAGCAGAUGAAAAAUUGGGAAAGUUUAAUACUAUUUUAUACUUUACUGGUGUGUAUGUAAUUGGAACAUUAUUCUUGACAUUUGCAGCUGUUCCAGCUAUCGUUGGAGAAGGUGCUACCAAAUCACCAUGGGCAUUGACAGUUGCAUUGUUACUUAUUUCUGUCGGUACUGGAGGUAUCAAACCAGUUGUAUCAACAUUUUGUGGAGACCAAGUAGACAUUCGUAGAAAGAAAUUGAUCCAAAAGAUUUUCAACAUCUUUUACUGGAUGAUCAACCUCGGUUCACUCUUUUCAACCCUUUUCAUCCCCAUUAUCCGUGACUAUGCUGGUUACUGGGUAGCAUUCCUCAUUCCUGCCUGUUUGAUGGGUGUCGCACUGUUACUCUAUACAAUUGGUAAAAAGUCCUAUGUCAACCGUCCCAUGCAAGGAAGUGUGUUUGUGCGAGUAUGUAAAGUAGUUGGAAGUGGAAUCAAAGAAAAGUUCAGAUCCAAGCGUGCUGGCUAUGACGACCGUUUCUAUGCUGACAGUUGGGUUGAUAGAGCCAAGGUAUCUCACGACCCUCGAUUCGUCGAUGCCACCAAAGCAGCACUCCGUGUAUGUCUUGUAUUCGUUCCCAUGCCCAUUUUCUGGGCAUUGUACACUCAAACCUCCACCAUUUGGGUCGACAGUGGUGAGAGAAUGAAUACCAGAUUUGGAUCAGUCAACAUUAGUGCCGAUAUGAUGCAAGCUGUCAAUCCAUUACUCAUCCUCAUUCUAGUACCAUUUUUCGAAUAUUGCAUUUAUCGUCCAAUUGCUAAAACUAGAUUUAACUUUUCACAACUUAGACGUAUGGUAGUUGGAAUGUGGUUAUGUGUGAUUGCAUUUUUAGUUGCUAUGAUUGUUGAAAUGAAGAUUCAAGAUGAAGGUAAUGGAAAAGUAUCGAUUGGAUGGCAAGUGAUUCAAUACUUUAUUUUGACGUGUGCUGAAAUCCUUGUAUCUAUUUCAUCGAUGGAAUUUGCCUAUGCACAAGCACCAGCAUCAAUGAAGAGUAUGGUUAUGGCUGUAUCUUUGCUAUCUACCUCUGUUGGACAGAUCUUUGUCAUUUUCGUCGUCAGUUUAAUCAAGAUAUCCGAUUGGAAGAUUUACCUCUUGUUUGCCUGUUUAAUGGCUGGAUUCAACUUUUUCUUUAUGUGGAUUGCCUAUAUCUACAAACCAAUCGACCCACGUCUCCUCCACUACAUGGAAAGUGCAUCAUCGAUGGGAAGUACCAUGGACGAAUCUGAAAUUAGAGAAAUCCGUGAACUUGACAACAUGCCAUCCGACAUUUCAAGUAACAUCAACAAUGACAUCCCAAUGAAACAAAAACGUGUAUCUACCAAUAUGAUGAAUGAAGACAUUAUCACCAAUGACUCGUCUCCAUCUCAAACCACUGUAGUUGGUGACACUGUUAACAGUAGUAGUAAUAGUCCAAGAGAUAUACUUAAAAAGUCCAAUUAA